AUGGUUGACACAGAACGGGAUGCCCGAGCUAAGGAGCGAACAAUUCUACGUCGAGAUGGUAUAGUGGCUAGGAUUCGCCAUAUUCAUCAACUGGCUUCUAGUUUAGCAACUGACCAGGCUGUUCGGCCUCAGUUAGCUGUUGCUAUUCAGGACCUGGAUGCAUUGUGGGCCAGUUUUGAGGUAGAAAAUAAUGGAUUGUUGUCAAUCUUAUCUGAUUUGGAUUUGCUGACCGAGUUUCUGGUAGGGUUGGAGGUUGAGGUCCGAUCAUUGGUAGUGGAAAUUAAGGCUGUGUGGAAUGAAGCGCAACCAGCUUCAUGUAUGAGCAUUGGUACUGUUCAGCGAGUGACGUAUGAGACCACCGGUGACAAUUCGAGUACUUCUGUUGGGUCGUCCAAAGAUUGUCCUGUACCAUAUGCGCCUUCACCUUCGGCAACCAUGAGACUACCUGAAAUUCCCCUUCCAUAUUUCGACGGUGAGUGCCAGAACUGGCCAGCCUUUAGGGACUUAUUCGGAAAUUUGGUAGCCAACAAUGACAAGAUUCCUAAUGUAACCAAGUUUUAUUAUUUGGUAGAGUGUCUUCACCCCGAUCCCCAGGAAGUGAUCAAAGGGUUUUCCAUUUCGAACGAGUCUUUCACACUCGCCUGGGAUGCGUUGGUCGAACGCUAUGACAAACCGCGCAGGUUGGCGUCGUCAAUCAUUGACAAAUUGAUAAAUGCUCCUGUCGCAAGUUCGGAGAAUCAUGCUGCUCUGCAGAAGUUCCUGUCAGUUUUUGAUGAAAAUAUUGCGAUCUUGGAAUCGCUUCAGAUUCCGGAUUUAUCGUCGUUUUUGUUGUUCUCGUUGGCUGCUCGGUGCUUACCUACAUUUUCUAGACGUCAGUUCGAGUCUGAAAAUAACGAAGAGUAUCCAUCGAUCCAGAGUGUGAUCAAGUUUGUCAAGGCAAGGAUCCAGGUUAUCGAGAACGCUGGUGUACAGCCGUCAGGAAGUUCGUCGAAACCGGCCAGUAACAAGAAACCUGUUUUCCGGCGAGAUGCUAAGACAACUUUAGUAGCUACUAAUUCUUCAGCAGCGGCCAAACCUACAUCGUCCAGAAUGAUCCAAGCAAAGUCAGUUUCCGCGAAGUGCUUCAUGUGUUCUGGUGCUCACCAGUUAGCCGAUUGUUCAAAAUUCAAGGCCUUGUCUGUCGAUGAGCGAUAUAAGAUCGUAUGCACUCAUCGUCUCUGCAUGGUCUGCUUUGGCGAAGGUCAUAUGUCUUUCAAGUGUUCGUCAUCAUGUGCCACAUGUAAGCGCCGUCAUCAUGCAUUGCUACAUCGCGAUUCGGAUUCGAAGACGGUCGGUCCACCAGCUGCCAUGCUUGGUCGGCUACAAUCCCCAACGGUGCUACUAGGGACAGCUCUGGUCCAAGUGCAGGACACAGUGGGGAGUUGCCGCACUAUACGUGCACUAGUCGAUUCGGCUUCGCAGAUAAGCGCGAUAACAUCAAGCUGCUGUGAGCGCUUGGGACUCAAACCAUCGCGUUGGACAGUUCCCGUCACAGGACUGUCUGGUCAAAGGGUACCGGAUGUACACGGCGUUGUUCAACUGACGAUCCAGCCGCGAGAUCGCCCUACGCCGUCAAUAAGUGUCAAACCUUGGGUGCUGUCUUCAAUCACUACCGACAUGCCAGCUCGGCAAUUACCCGCUCAGGUCCGGGCUAGGUGUAGCCACUUGACUCUGGCAGAUCCGAGUUUCGACAAACCUGCUCCAGUCGAUAUGCUCAUCGGCGCCGACAUCUUUCCACAAGUCUGGAAUGAUAAGAGCAGUUCGUUAGGCCCAGGAUUCCCAUCGGUGUACAGCUCGGUUUUCGGUUGGGUCCUGAUUGGUCCGGUACAAGAACAUCCAGACAUUGGAGCUCAGUCAAUGUUGGUGUCCUUGGCGUCCUCGAUGGAAGCUCUCAUGGAAAGAUUCUGGUUGUUAGAAGAACCGGACGCGGCUCCGCAGCAGUUCACGGAAGAUGGUCUGUGUGAAGAGUUGUUCCACUCGGAAGUCAGCAGGGAUUCGCAGGGUCGAUUUUCUGUGCCACUUCCUUUUCGCUCAGGCCAACCAGUGAAGUCCUUUCCGGGUUCUCGGCAGGUAGCCCUCAAUCGGUUUCUGCAGCUAGAGCGGAGGUUGGCAGCAGAUAGCAUCUUAUAUGCAGCUUACCGCAAGUUCAUGUCCGAGUAUGAGGAACUCGGUCAUAUGUCCGGGCCGAAGGUGCCGGACAGUAUUAUAUCCCGCAUCAUGCGGUCCAGAAGGUUGAAGGGGAUGAUGUCAAGCUUCGAGUAG